CCAAGUAACAGCGCGUCCCCGAGGCUGCACGGCGCUAAUUUAGAUAGUUAGCAAUCAGAAAUUCCCCGGAGAGAAAAGUCAAUGUUAUUACAUACGUAUGGACGUAGGAAAGUCAAGCAUUUGGAAAACAAUGGAUACCACCUCGGGGAACAAUUUUCAUAACUUGUUGGGAGCGUAAAGGCGGAUUUCGGUGACGAUAUUUGGUCUGUCAGGAAGUUUGACGUAUUCGGAUGAAGAUUAUUUCUUGCGUUGUUUUGGUUGUGAAAAGUUCUUGACUGUUCUUGACUACUGUUGCUUCCAGGAGCUGUAUCGCAGACCAACGACUGUUUUUACAAUAUAUUUUUCAAUUUUAGUUUGGCUUUCACGUGAAAACUCUAGGAUACGCAACUUUGGAGUUUGCAGCUUUGAAAAAUCUAAACACCGAUGGACUUUAAUAAACUUGACUUUGUCGUAAAAACCGACCAAAUAACAGAUAGCGUUUAGGUAUAUAAUUAAUGCGUAAUAGUACUGUUUUCUCUGCCAUUGGUCGCUUAGUGUGUUUUGUUUCAGCCGCAAUCGUCCACGACGCUGUGUUCUGGAUUAAAUUAAUCUGUACAUUUUCUUUAGACCAGGCCUUAAGGCUCUCUUUACAUGAUUAAGUUUAUAUCAUUGUCAGUAUUGCAGAACGAUGCAUUUGUAAUAAGUGCAGCUAUAACAAAAAACAAAUCUCCAGCCUAGAAUAUUUAGACCCAAACCUGGCAACACAGACGAGAAAAUCUGCAAAGUUAGCAGGAAGAGAGGCCAUCGAAAUCACGGAAAUCAUAGUCGUUCCCACUGGCGAACUGUACACACAAAUGGAUUUCAUACAGGCCAUACGAUUACUGUUGCACCUUGUGUAGUAGUGUCUGCUCUUAUUUAACACGUCUCUCUGCCUGGAAAGCCUGAAAACACAGACAUCCAGGGAGACUUCUGAACAUGUUUUGGAAAUCUUUGUUUUCCAAAGAUCCGAGACUGCAGUGGCGUAGAAGUUUGACUCUGGGCCACAGCUGGACCAGUUAGAUGUAGGCUUUCCAAAGGGACAUUUUCUCUUCGGAUCUCACGGCUCACAACUCGUUUUAUCACCUGGAAAAGCCGUUAGAGUUUUUGCUCUUAACUUUCUGUCAAAAAAGAAGACAAACCCCGGUUCCUAGGGGGGUGUGGUGGGGGGGUCAGCCCCGCCAUGGCGAACUGUCACUCAUACCUGCCCUCCGGUGUGUCGGUCUGAACCAGGACACCGAUGGACGUGAACAACAGCUGGACCUACACUGCAGCCGCGAGACAUCGGUGACCAGAGCUGGCUAUGUGCAGAAGUUCGGCCUCGUCCACACCUGAGAGGACAGGUGAGGUGUCUGGCUGUCAGUAGUUUGCUUCAGCAGAAACAAGAGUCUGAAGACUGGUUUGUGGACUUCGUACACAAACAUCGCCACAAUGAAUGAGAGGCAGGCUCUCCACUCUAUAAUGAAGGACUUAGUUGCCCUCCAGAUGACACGGCGCCAGCCUUUGUUGUCUUAUGACAACAGCAAACCAAAGACACCAGCAACAGUAAACAGACAGGACGAUGUCAGGAUAAAGUUUGAGUUCUCGGGAGAAAGGAGGAUCUUGAUGUUUGGAAAACCUGUGCAGUUUGAGGAAAUUCAGCAAAAAGUCAAGAGUGUCUUUGGCCAGCAACUGGACCUGCAUUAUAUGAACAAUGAGAUGUCCAUCCCCCUGCAGGGUCAGGAUGACCUGGACAAGGCAAUUGACUUGUUGGACCGAAGCUCCAACAUGAAAAGCAUCAGGAUAUUGCUUCUCACUCAGGACCAGAGCAAUGCUUCAUCCCCUUCUCAUCAUGCACCAUGUAAGCAGGUGAGGAUCAAGUCCUCCCAGUCCACUGGAGACGUUAGUACAGUGUACCAGUCCUCCGAGCCAAGGGGCCGCCACCUAUCCACUGGUUCUCAGAACACAGGGAGAAGUUCACCGCCUCCUGGUUAUGUGCCUGAGCGCCAGCAAAGGAUUGCCCGCCAAGGUUCAUACACCAGCAUAAACAGUGAGGGGGAGUUCAUUCCUGAGACCAGUGAUCAAUGCGUGCUGGAUCCCUGGAGCAGUGCAGAAAAUUCAGUUUCUGGAAGCUGCCAGUCGCUGGACAGCAGCUCAGACAGCCCCUCAAUGAGGAAGUCUCGCAUGCACAGAGCUAAGAGUUACCCUGAUAAUCGUCAAGAAUGCUCAGACAGGGAGAAUCAUGUAUAUGACAGGGUAGCAGGAAAGGGAGGCACCUUUCCUCGCAGGUACCAUGUUUCCCUGCAUUGUAAGGAUCACAGUGAAGGUCGUCGAACAUUUCCACGCAUUCGUCGUCCCCAUGGGAACCUGUUCACUCUGGUGCCCUCACGGCGAUCACUCAACGGCAGUGAAGAGAGUCUGGGCAGCUGGCAGCUUGUUGAUGCGCAAGGCCGGCUGCGUCCCCAAGAUCGUUCUGUUGCCCACAAAUCGCCCAGUGCUCCACUGACGUGGCGUCGGGGGAAGCUUCUUGGCCAGGGUGCAUUUGGUCGGGUUUACCUGUGUUAUGAUGUGGAUACUGGGAGAGAGCUGGCUGCCAAACAAGUCCAAUUUGAUCCUGACAGUCCUGAGACCAGCAAGGAAGUCAGUGCUUUGGAGUGUGAAAUCCAGCUCCUGAAGAAUCUUCAUCAUGAGCGCAUCGUUCAGUAUUACGGAUGCUUGAGGGACCACAAUGAGAAGACCCUCACUAUUUUCAUGGAGUACAUGCCGGGAGGUUCAGUCAAAGACCAGCUGAAGGCCUACGGGGCCCUGACAGAAAACGUGACCCGAAAGUAUACAAGACAGAUCUUGGAAGGCAUGUCCUAUCUGCACAGCAACAUGAUUGUACACAGAGACAUAAAAGGUGCAAACAUCCUGCGGGAUUCAGCAGGCAACGUGAAGCUUGGAGAUUUUGGUGCCAGCAAGAGGCUUCAGACCAUCUGCAUGUCUGGCACCAGCAUCCGCUCUGUGACCGGCACCCCCUACUGGAUGAGUCCGGAAGUGAUCAGUGGAGAGGGCUAUGGCAGGAAGGCUGAUGUCUGGAGCCUUGGUUGUACAGUCGUUGAGAUGCUCACAGAAAAACCUCCAUGGGCUGAAUAUGAGGCCAUGGCAGCUAUAUUCAAGAUUGCCACUCAACCGACAAAUCCACUGCUUCCUUCGCACACCUCUGACCAUGCAAGAGACUUUGUCCGGUGUAUCUUUGUGGAGGCCAAACACAGGCCCAGUGCCGAGGAGCUGCUCAGGCAUCCCUUCUCCCAGAUUCUGUGCUGAGACCUGCCUGGUUUCUGAACUUUAACCACAGUGUAGUCAGAAAAAAAGCUGCAAGAGUAUCUACAGCUUCCAUAAACCUCUUCCAUAGCAGAAAUUGGACACAGGAGUGAUUCAGAUGCCAACAUUAAUUCGAUUCAGCUUAAGAUUGUCUCAAGAGAUUAGUUGUCUUAUAAGUAAAUCCAAAUCACAGAUUAUUUUUCAUCUCACUGCUUCAACAAUAAUUAUGAAUGUGUUCUCUUAUAAGUGUGUCCACAAGGGGGAAGCACAUAUUAAGUUAUUAAGUUAAUUAAUAAGUAUUUGGUGGGCUUCAGAUACUAAGCAGAUACUCCAUGGGCAUCAUUAUCAAACCAUAGGCGCCAUUUCUGGACACUCCUGUGUUUUCAGUCUCUCCUUGUGUAGUUACACAAAAUACCAAGAAUCCUUAAAAUGUCAGAUAUUUAAAAGUUUAGCUGUGUACCAUUUUAAGCUUCAACAGGCCUAAAGCUCUUUUCUUUUUAAUACAAAAAAGUGAUUUCAAAACUCCAAGUCUUAUUUAAGCUAUCUGAAAGAUUCAGUGUUGAAAAUGGUGACCAUGGAUUUUUUUUUUCUUUAAUAUUUUUGCCUUCUUUUGUCUUUUGGUGCUUUCUGACCUCUCCUUAGACUAACCUUCCUCUUAUUUCUCGGUAUCACAGAUGUUCUCAGCUAAGAAAUUGCAUAAAACGGGGAAAAAAUAAGAAAUUUUGGACUUGUUUUCAGUGAUAUAUGAAAAUAAAGCAGAUGAUGCUAGCGGUUAAAUUUUAUACAAACUAAAAGUGUUUAAUGCAGGUGAGUCCUGUUGCCUUUACCUGUUCAUGUGUAUCUGACCUGAAGAUCUCUGACUAAGAGGUCUUGCCUUAAGGAUCAUCUUAAAUCAGAUGCACUUUUAUGUAUAAAUGAAUGUUAUGGGGUUUUCUUAAAAUUUGUUUUUUUUUCUUAAUGUGAAAAUUCUUUCACUUUUAUUUAUAUCCCCAUGGCAUUCCAAGUAGAUAUUAUAAGGAGAUAUGUAUGUAUAAAUAUAUUUUUUAUAUUUAAACUGUGUCAUAUCAAAUGAUACUUUAAAGACGUAGGGUUUUUAAAUAUUAAAGCAGCUGGUUUUGCAGACACAAUUGAAUCAAGAUUUAUAAAUGAGAAAUGGGUGGAAAACGAACUCUGGCUGCCUGGCUCUUGCUCCAGUGCAGAUUUUUAUUUUAUCUUAUACAUUUAGAGGACAGUAAAACCCUCGCAUUACUCCUUUGCCACCUCCCAAGAAGACUUAGAGAAUGAAAUCUUUAACAGGCAAAGAAAAUCCAGUUAAAGACAUUUUGCAUGUGUUUAAUUUCAGUGUUAUUAGAAAGAUAACUACGGGAUGUAUGUGAGCCAAAGACAAGCAGGAUCCGAGCCAGUGUUGUAUGUCAGAGUCCGCUCUUCUACCCAGAAAACGACUUUGUUUGUCCCAGGGUUCAGACAACAUAUCCAGUAUUAAAUGGCUCUCUGGGCAAAGGCCUUGCUGUUGCCUUAAAGCUAAUACAAGAAACCUUUCUAUGGGGCUGCUACACACUAUAUGCAGCCAGACAGUAUUUAAUAUUGAAAUUGAUGCAGUUAUUAAAAAAGAGACCCUGGGAUAAGCAAACGAUUUCAAGUUAGUUGUUAGAAAUCUAUUAUGUAAAUGUACAAUACUUAUCAUGACAAGACUUGCAGUGCAAAGUCUAAUGUAUCAAAUUUAUUUUACAGCAAGAAAAGAAUAUUAUGUGAUAUAUUUGUAUUUCAUAUCCUCUCUCAAAUCAAAUAAAUUGUUUUGAAAUUUAAA